UUUUAAAUUGUGGAUAUUAUGGAAAACUAAAAAUACACCCUGGCAACUUUGUCUGAGGAGGCGGUGACUUCACAUGGCUGCUGGCAACAUCUGGAGAGCUUUAUUAACACUGUUGCUUACUCUGAAAAGUGCUCCGGAGUUUAACUGCAAAUCAAAAAUGUCUUUUAUUAAAGUAGAUGAAAAGUCGGACUUUUCUUUACACAACCUCCCUUACGGAGUUUUCACCACCCCUGACAAUGCUCGGCGGAGGAUCGGAGUGGCCAUCGGAGAUCAGAUUCUGGACCUGAGUGUAAUUAAACACCUCUUCACCGGACCGGAACUCUCUCGGCACCAGCAUGUGUUUGAUCAGCCCACUCUGAAUGCGUUCAUGGCGUUGGGUUCGGGCGCGUGGAGAGAAGCUCGAGCGCUCAUACAGGCGCUGCUGCGCGCGGAAGAGCCAACCCUGAGAGACAGUCACGAGCUCAGGAGCAGAGCUUUUGUGGAUCAGAGCAUGGCAGUGAUGCAUCUCCCGGCUGAGAUUGGCGAUUACACUGACUUCUACUCAUCUAAAGACCAUGCCACUAAUGUUGGGAUUAUGUUCCGGGGCAAAGAGAACGCACUGAUGCCAAACUGGCUGAGGCUGCCAGUUGGCUAUCACGGGCGAGCUUCAUCUGUUGUUGUUUCUGGAACUCCAAUCAGAAGACCCCAAGGUCAGAUGAGGCCAGACACAGCAAAGCCUCCUGUGUUUGGGCCAUCAAAGCAGCUCGACAUUGAGUUGGAAAUGGCUUUCUUUGUGGGUCCUGGAAACAAACUGGGCGAGCCGAUUUCCAUCGAGAAAGCCCAUGAACACAUCUUCGGUAUGGUGCUAAUGAACGACUGGAGUGCGAGGGAUAUCCAGGCAUGGGAGUAUGUGCCAUUAGGUCCAUUUCUAGGAAAAAAUUUUGGGACCACCAUCUCACCCUGGGUCGUCCCUAUGGAAGCUCUGAUGCCCUUUGUUGAGCCUAAUACCAUGCAGGACCCAGAGCCACUACCAUACCUUCAGCACCAGGAUCCAUACACAUUCAACAUCAACCUCUUUGUCUCCAUUAAAGGUGAAGGUAUGAGCAAGGCAAGCACUAUCUGCAAGUCCAACUUUAAGUACAUGUACUGGACCAUGAAGCAGCAGUUAGCACAUCAUACAGUGAACGGCUGUAACGUCAGACCAGGAGACCUACUGGCAUCAGGCACCAUUAGCGGACCGGAUCCAGAAAGCUUUGGCUCAAUGUUGGAGCUCUCAUGGAGAGGGUCAAAGGUCAUUGAUCUGGGAAGAGGAGAGAUGAGGACGUUCCUUAAGGACGGAGAUGAGGUCACCCUCACAGGUUACUGUGAGGGUCAGGGGUAUCGUGUUGGUUUUGGAUCUUGUCUGGGGAAAAUCAUUCCUGCCCUACAGCUGUGAUGUUUCCCAUACUUCCCCCCCAUCUGUCCGCCCAUCCCAAAACCACCUGAGCUCUUCAUGCACCAAAUAAUGCCUUAUCAGUCAUGUUUAAUUAUUCGUGACCUUUUGAGUGACAGCUAAUGGAGUACAUAAAAGCGAGCUGCUUUUAUUAGCUCAUUGGAGUUUUACUCAGCCAAAGCUCUUCUCUGGGUGGAAAUGAUUAUGAUUGAUUAUGUGUGACAGCCAGGGAAAUUGAAUGGAGAUUAGAUUAAGCACAUUGGCUUUCUUUUAAUAAUACUAGCGUGCCCAAAAACAUUCCAUUAACUUAAAAAAAAAAAAAAAACACUGCAAGAAUUUAAGCAAAAAUGAGUUUAUAUAUGAAUUCAUAAAAAUGUGUUUGUUUAAUACAUUUUGUAUAACACAGGAAGGCAAAUUCUUGGAAAUUCUAUGUCUAUGAACUGAGGUCAAAAUGUUAACUGCACAGUUCUCCUGUGUCAUCAGUGAGGUAGACAGUCGCUAAAUCUUUUAUAGGAAUACAGCACCAAACCAAACUAAAGUUUGCCCUAAUGUAAAUGUCUUUAAUUUGCUAAGAUAGGAAUGCAGUACAAACCAUUUAAACUAUCUAAACAUGCAUAGUUUUAGCUGAUGAGAGCAUUAACACCGUACAUUUUAUAGGAGAAACUGAAUCGGUAAAGCAGCUAGAUUCUGCAAAAUCUAUUAUUCUUGUUUGGUUCACCAGGUAACAAUGACCCAGAUAAUAAAUACCACACAAAAGCUAGCAUGAUGUUUGCAAUUUACAUCCCUAAUUACAUCGCAACAACCUCAUUUGCUAAUUGAGUAGAUGUUAACACAGCUGACAUGCUUCUUUCUGACAUCCUUGAGUAUAAUUAAGCGAGAUUACACGAGAAGAAGUGCUAUUGUGUUGAAUAUCAGCACGGCUGUGAUGCAGUCAUAGGCACCCUGAUAUCCAACAAUACAGCAGGACCUCAAGUGUGAUAUUUAUUAUCAGCAGUUGUGUUUUUUUUUUUUUUUUUUUACCAAUUAUUUUGCUUUACCAACAUAUAUUCCUCCACAACUGGCGGAAGUAACUAACAGUGACUGGCAGAGCUGAUGACCAACCAUUAGCAACUGAAAGUUACUGUAAUUAACAGGUGAAAGUAGGUUUAAAUUCUUACCAGUGCUAUGUAGCCAAAAGAUGAAGAGAAUAAACAAUAGAGGUGGUAGACAGUCCUGUAAAUCUCUUAAGUUUCUCUUUAUAUUUACACUUAUCCCACAUCAGAAUAUCAGCUCUAUUAAUUUUCAGGUUCUGGGAUUAAAUUCCAAAUAGCAAUUUGAAAUGACUUAGGAGCAAAUAUUAAAGUAGUCCAAGUUUUUUUUUUUUUUUUUAAUGGCUCUCGUCCAAUCAGAUUUCUCUGUCUAAACUAACUGUUGUGUGUGACUUGAAUCAAGCUGUGUUGCAGGACAUUUCUUCAUCUUGGUGAUUAUUUAUUUAAUACCUACACCCUCGUUCUUUGAUGAGCAGUUUCAGUUCAAGUUCUCUUUUAAAUUAAUUUCCCAUCUUUAAUCGAUCAGCUGGAAAGAAAGGUUUACCAGCUUGAUUAGCUCUGAAUACAAUCAGCAACAGUAUAAAUAUUCCAACUUCCACCUUGUAUACGUUUACUAAAUGUGCGUGCCUUUUCCUGCCAUUUUUAAAGAGUUUGAUUAAGUAAAUCUCCUACGUUUUUAAUAGCCCCUGCUGCGUAAGUUUUCUAAAGAUUUAAUUUUGCCAAGGCACUUCUUGUUUCUCAAUGUGAAGUCUAAUUACCAAAGGCAGUGUUAUGUUUAUUUCUAUUUGUUACCCACAAAUUACUAAUUAAAGUUACUGAUGUCUA